AUGGAAGCCCUGGUCAAAGAGGGUGAGGCCUGGUUCAGACUUGACCCCAUCUUCAUCUACCGGGGCAGUGCCAGGAUCCUCCGGAGGCCGCCACCUGCCCCUCAGCGGGACCUUGACGCCCUCCAGGAGGGCUCCCCACGGGCGCCCCCCGUCCAGGCCGACAGGCUCCCCGAGCUCCGCUCUGCGCUGGUCUGGGUGCCCCUACAGGGGGUGCCCACCGCCCGCCACCACCAGUCCAUCAAUGUCCUCCAGAUGGGGCUCCGGCCGUGCCGCCGCCUUGACCCCACCUUCACGAAGCUGCACUCGGCCUUCAUCCACAAGGAGCCCUUCGGCCUGGUGCUCAUCAUCGCGCCCUGGAACUACCCGCUGAACCUGACGCUGGUGCCCCUGGUGGGGGCCAUCGCAGCAGGGAACUGCGUGGUCCUGAAGCCAUCGGAAAUCAGCAAGGGCACCGAGAAGGUGCUGGCCGAGGUGCUGCCCCGCUACCUGGACCAGAGCUGCUUUGCCGUGGUGCUGGGCGGGCCCGAGGACACCGGGCGGCUGCUGGAGCACAGAUUUGACCACAUCUUGUUCACGGGGAGCCCCCGUGUGGGCAAGAUCGUCAUGGCCGCCGCUGCCAAGCACCUGACCCCCGUCACCCUGGAGCUGGGGGGCAAGAACCCGUGCUACGUGGACGACGACUGUGACCCCCAGACCGUGGCCAACCGCGUCACCUGGUUCCGGUACUUCAACGCCGGCCAGACCUGCGUGGCCCCGGAUUACGUCCUGUGCAGCCCCGAG